AUGGAGGGCUCCGCCGGAGAGAUGGGCUCGCCGGAACGGCUCAACGGCGAGGCCGCCCCCGGCGGGAGGCCGUACGGGUGCAUGUUCUGCAAGCGGGGCUUCUCAUCGGCGCAGGCCCUCGGUGGCCACAUGAACGUCCACCGGAGGGACCGCACGAGGAUUCGCCGCCCUCCCGGAGAUCCUCCGGCGGCCGAGCCAUCCAGAAGCUCCGCCAAGUUCUCCCCUACGCCGCCCUCUCCGCCGCGGGCGAACAGGCGGAGGGAGCUAAGCCUGCUCGGAGGUUACCUGCAACUCGGCCUCCCCACGCAAGAAGACGAUGGGCGGCAGCGGCGGCGGCCGGAAGACGAGCCGGGUGGCGGGUUGGACUUGGAGCUCCGACUUGGUCACGAGCCCAAGAACUGA